AUGUCUCAACUCCUCUGUAACGAAUGCAAGACAACUGGUGAUGAGAAGAACUUCUACGUUUGCACCGCCCACUUUCCCGACUCAUCGUUUCCGCAUGCCGAGCAACUUCACGAGGUGUCUGUGUGCGCGCACUGCUGCAUCACAAAUCAUUGGGGAUGCGGCGCCGAAAAGCCUCAAACAAUUGACAAAUUUCUGAGCACCAGCGCCGCGAAGAGGCUCAAGGAGAAUUUCAACCAGUGUGAAGAGCUGCUCAGGGACAUUGUCGAUGGUUUCAACGAGCUCAAAGAAGAAGCCCUGGUGAUUGUGAAGAAGCCAAUCCACGCGGAGAACGAUUUUGAGAAGAUAGCGGCACCACUCGAGAAGUUUAAAGUUGCAAUGGGCCAGGGCCAUAUAAUGCUCACGGGGAUCAAGGGUCUUGUUAAAUCCACGCUUAAAGACGACCACGACGCGAAGUUACACCCACAAAGCGUUGCCAAUAGUUCCGGAUUCAAGAUGAAAAAGCAAGAGGUUGCGCCAAUCGCUGUUCCAAAGUCGCCCGGAUCGUUCCAACCGCGCAAGAUUCUUGUGGCCAUGCAAGAUGCAGUAAGGCGUGAACCUGAGAUACCUUUUAAUAGUGGCCAUCAAGCAGCACAAACUUUCGGCGGUAAUGGCUCCAACGGUGGUCCUUCUACUACUUCGUACGGAUUUAAUGGUGGCAUCCGAAAAGCGCAAGGAUUUUUUGUUCCGGAUAAAUAUCUUAAAGGAAUA